AUGGCUUCCAACAUGUCUCUUGAAAACCCCCUUUCCCCCGCGCUGUGCGCUGCAGCCGCCGGAGUGCUGCUGCACCUGGGCGUAUUCAUCCGGGGUGAGUGGGAGAAGUACGUUGCCCAGCUGGCACUGCUCCAGGUUACCGGACCGCUCGUCGUCCUUGGUUCGCUCGUCGCAUUCUUGGGUCAGCCACUGUCCCAAGCCGCAGCAACAGCAGCUUUGCUCACUGCAAGCUUCAACGUUGGCCUGUAUGGCAGUAUUUCUGUCUAUCGGCUAUUUUUCCAUCCUCUGAGGAGAUUCUACGGCCCGACAGGGGGAAAGUUGACUAGUCUCUGGGCUAUGAAGGAGACUUUUCCGGAUUUGAAAUUCUACGUGAAGCUUCAGAAACUCCACCAGGAUCAUGGAGACUUUAUUCGCUUUCAACCGAGAGCACUCUCCAUCAACAACGCAGAGGCAAUCCAAGACAUCUACGGCUCCACCUCCAAAUGCACCAAAGGGCCGUUCUAUGACCUCGACUAUCCAGGUCGGUCUCUGCACAUGACCAGGGACAGGAAAUUCCACUCACAGAGGAGGAAGCAGUGGGAUCGCGCUUUCACCUCGCGAGCACUGAGCAACUACGAAAAACGCCUCAAGGAGCAUUUCAAGUACCUCGACCUACGCAUAUCGGAAAACAUGGGCAAGCCAAUUAACGCGACGGACCUGUGCGAGUAUUGGGGCUUCGACGUCAUGGGCGAUUUGAUGUUCGGCCGACCCUUUAACCAACUGAAGGAGAACAAGGCCCACUUUGCCCUCGAGAUGGCCCGGAAAGCCAAGUUCAUCGGAGGACUCACGCUCUACCCAUACUGGAUCUUCAUGCUGCUUCAGAGACUGCCCAUCGUCUCCUCUCUGAGGCUCAAGUGGCUCAGAUGGUGCCGUAGCCAGAUGGAACAAAGGCGCCAGUCCAAACCCGAGGUCUUGGACCUCUACUCGUACCUCCUCGAAGACAGCAGCGCCGAGAAAGCCGGCGACGCGAACAACUCGGCCACAGCCGACCUCGACGCCCUGUUCGACGCCGAGCUGGCCAUCGUCGCCGGCAGCGACACGUCCUCGGCCACCCUGGCCGCCUCGCUGUACCUCUUGGCCAAGCACCCGCACGUGCAAUCCAAGCUGCGGCAGGAAGUCGACGACGCCGUGGCCGCGGCCGGCGGCGAGCUCUCCUACCAGACGCUCGUCAACAGGCCCCUGCUCGGCGGCGUCAUCAACGAGGCCCUGCGCCUCUACCCGCCCGUCGUCCCCGGCCUGCAGCGCCUGACGCCGCCCGAGGGCGCGACGAUCGCGGGCCGCUUCGUGCCGGGCGACACGCUCGUGUCGGUGCAGUGCUGGAGCGUGCAGCGUGAUCCGAGGAACUUCCCCCAGCCCGAAGACUUCAUCCCGGAGCGGUGGUCGUCCAUGCCCGAGCUGGCGCUGCACAAGGAGGCCCUCAUCGCCUUCUCGACCGGCACGUACUCGUGCGUGGGCAGGCCGCUGGCCAUGAUGGAGCUGAAGCUGGCGGUUGCCAUGGUCGCCAGGCGGUUCGAGGUUGCGUUCGCGGACCCGGCCGAGAGCGUCAGGCUGUUUGAAGAGUCGCCCGGCUGGCAGGAUUCCUUCACCGCCCGCGUGCCCCCGGUCAAGGUCUGCUUCAGGGAGCGCGAGAAGCGAGAUCUUGCGUGA